AAAACAUUUCUCUAACUUGCUCCGUCAAUCAUUAUAGUAAUUGGCUCCGCUAUCUUGCGCAUAUCUGUGUUUAUAUAUAGUAGACACAUAUGUUGUUGGCGGUAGGGAAGGAAUUAGAUACCUUUGAUUGGAUUGCUCUUUUUAAGAUUUGUUGCUACAGGUGGCUAGGUAGUUGGCUCGAUGUCGGAGGGUCCUCGAUUGCUUUUGCUUUUGCUGUUGCCGUGUAUUAUAAUUUUAAGUAUUGUAAGAAAGGCGAAUGCUGGGGUGACUAGCUCGUAUAUUCGCCACGAGUGGCCUUCUGUCGACAUUCCUUUCGAUAGUCCAAUUUUUGCCGCUCCUAGAGGCUACAAUGCUCCACAACAAGUGCACAUUACUCAAGGAGACUACGAUGGGAAGGCUGUUAUAAUAUCAUGGAUAACACCAGAUGAGCCCGGAUCCAAUACAGUUAAAUAUGGCUUGUCCCGGAAAAAGUAUGAAUUCUCAGCACAGGGAGACACCGUGCGAAAGUACAAAUUUUACAACUAUACUUCGGGAUAUAUUCAUCGUUGUUUACUCGAUGGUCUCCAGUACAACUCAAAAUAUUACUACUUGCUUGGGGAUGGAAAUUCUUCGAGGACAUUUUCGUUUCGAACACCUCCAGAAAUUAAUCCAGAUGCUUCUUACAAAUUUGGGAUUAUUGGUGAUCUUGGCCAAACCUUUAAUUCUCUCGAAACCCUCAAUCAUUAUAAAGAGAGUGGUGCAGAAACAGUGUUGUUUGUAGGCGAUCUUUCGUAUGCUGAUCAGUAUGAUGAUGGACUUGAUAUCGCCGUUCGCUGGGAUUCUUGGGGCCGUUUGGCCGAGCAAAGCGCAGCGUAUCAGCCGUGGAUUUGGACUGCUGGAAAUCACGAAAUCGAAUACUUUCCAAACCUGAAAGAAGUCGUAACUUUCAAAAAUUUUGCCUACCGAUACCCUACGCCUCAUCUUGCUAGCGAAAGCAGUAGUCCAUUAUGGUAUGCCGUGAGGCGAGGACCGGCGCAUAUCAUCGUCUUGUCCAGCUACUCGCCGUUUGUGAGGUACACUCCUCAAUGGAUAUGGCUUAUGGAAGAAUUUAAAAAAGUCGAUCGGAAAAAGACUCCUUGGCUUAUUGUUCUGAUGCACGCCCCGCUUUACAGCAGCAACGAGGCUCAUUAUAUGGAAGCCGAAGGCAUGAGAAUUGUGUUCGAGAGCUGGUUUGUUGAAAAUAAAGUCGAUGUUGUCUUCGCCGGCCAUGUGCACGCCUACGAAAGAUCGCACCGUGUCUCUGGAUUGAUGAAUUCCUUCGAGCCUGCGCCGAACAAAUCAGCUCCGAUUUACAUCACGGUUGGGGAUGGAGGAAACCAGGAGGGUCUUGCUGCAAAGUAUAGAGAGCCUCAGCCGGAUUAUUCUGCGUUCCGCGAAGCCAGCUAUGGACAUUCUACAUUAGAGAUAAAGAAUAGGACUCAUGCCAUAUACCAUUGGUAUCGGAAUGACGAUGGAAAGCGCGUGCCAGCCGAUUCAUUCGUCUUCCACAACCAAUACUGGGCAAUCGAGAAGGGAACUGUCUCAAAUAUGCAGAGCUCUUGAACUACUUCUCUUUAACUUCUCUUCUACUUAUAUUAUAUAGAUAUAUAUAUAUAUAUAUGUGUGUGUGUAAGUAUGUUGGUUGUGUUGUAAUAAAGAUCAGUUUUCAGUGUCUGAAGGAUGAUCUAAUCUGAUUUCAACGAUUCUGUAGCUUAUGAAAUUAUGUAUGUGGUUAAGAUCUUUUAUUCUGCGGGUUCGAAA